AUGCAACAACAAAGAACCCAACUCCCACCCAACAUGAUGCAACAAGUGCCUCAACAAAUGUACGGACAACAACCUGCUAUGCAAAUGAACCCUCAAAUGAUGUAACAACAACCUCAAUUCAUGCAAGGAAACCAAAUCUUUUCCGAUCAACUUCAAAACCUUACUCAGCAGAGAUCAUAAGGAUUAAGCAAGGAGGAUAAGAACAAGUUCCCCAGCUUGUACGUAGGCAAUCUUCCAAAAGAGAACUUCUUCGAUUUGGAUUUCUACAAGCUUUUCACCAGCAAAGGUUACAGGCUAAAGAGUGCUAAGGUAGUUUUACACAAAAGAACUAGCAAACCACUCGGCUACGGAUACCUUCAAUUCGCCACUCAAGAGGAAGCUGAAAGAGCUCUCUAAGGUAUGAAUAACUACGUUCUCAAUGGAUAGGCUCUCAGAAUCUCCCUCUCAAUGCCAAAGUUUGAAUAUAACGAAAAAGCUAAUCUCCUAGUAAAAAAUCUUGACAAGGACGUCUCACAACAAGAACUCUACGAAUAAUUCAGAUUAUUUGGAGAGAUCUUAUCAUGCAAACUCGAGACUUAUCAAGAUGGUCAAAGCAAAGGUUAUGCUUUCAUUCAAUUCCAAAAUGAGGCAGAAGCUGAGAAGGCAUUAGAAGCAAUGAAUGAAAAAGAAUUAAAGGGCAAAAAAAUUGAAAUCAACAAGCAUGAGAAGAAAACUCAAAGAGAAACUUAGAACCCCGCUAAAUUUAACAAUCUAUUCGUCAAGAAUUUACCAAAGGGAACUGAUGAUGCUCAACUCAAGAAUCUUUUCUAGGAAUUCGGUUAGAUUGAUUCAGCCUCAGUUCAACGUGACGAGCAAGGAAAUCACAAAGAUUACGGAUAUGUGUGCUAUAAGGAUCCAGAUCAUGCAGAGAAAGCUAUGUAAGCUAUGAACAAGAAGUAGAUCUCAGAUGACCACUUCUUGAUUGUAAACUAGCAUGUGAGCAAGAAGGAUAAUGAACCAUCCCAUGGCUCAAAGAUCAAUCCAAUUACUCAAAACUUGACAAAAACAUUUAACUCGAAUGUCUUCGUUAAGUUCAUCCCCAAUGAUGUCACAGAAGAGCAACUAAGAUAAACCUUCACCAUAAAGGACUCUAAAAUUGUAUCGAUUAAACUUGUCAAGUAUAUCAAGAAGUAUGACAACGAGGAGAGCUCUCCAUAUCAAUUUGCUUAUAUCCUUUAUGACACCGUGCCAGCUGCUCAAAAAGCAAUCCAAACCUUCCAUUUAUCAACUGUCUUUGGUCACAAGCCACUUUUGGUAGAAUUGUGGGUUUCAAAGGAAGAAAAAGAGCAAGAAAAUAAGAAAAAGGAGAAUCAAAAGAUCAAGCAGUUCUUGAAUAACAUGCUUAAUCUCACUAUUCCUCAAUACCAACAAGUUAAUCAAUAACAAAAUAUUGGAGGUGGAUAUCCCCAAUCUCAAGGACCUCAAGGUCAACAAAUGAUGCCAAACCAAUAUAACAAUAGAGGUGGUGCUGGUAACAUGAACAGAGGAAACAGAGGUGGCAGAGGAGGACCACAAAGAGGAGGUCAUAGAGGCGGUAUGGGACCUGGACAUAAUCAACAAUAUACACAGAGAUAACAUCCACCCCAAUAAAUGCCACCAAAUGCAUUCCCUCAGCAAUAUAACCCAAUGUACAUGUAGUAGAUGCCACAAUAACAAUUUGGAAUGAUGCAGCCUGUUCCAAACCCAGUUAUGGGCAUGCCAUAAUAAUAACCAAAUAUUCCUCCACUCCCAUUACCAGAAGUUGAUCUCUCAUAACUUGCCCAAAUCUCUGAUCCAAAUGAGAAGAGACAAUUCGUUGGUAACGCCCUCUAUCCAUAGAUCGAAGCAGCUUUCGGAUAAUAAUUCGCAGGUAAAAUUACCGGAAUGCUCAUCGAUGAGAAUGUAGUAGACUUCAAUCAAUUAUUGUCCAAUCCUUCUUACUUCUCCCACAAAGCUUUUGAGGCAUUUAAUCUACUAUAGCAAGCUCAAAACCAACCAUUAGUAUAAGCCAACAUAGUCCCUUAGUGA